UCUGUCAUUGAAUGAAAACAACAAAUGUAACCUCAUUUUAUCCGUUCGAGCGCGAGGAAAAGUGUGUUGUGAAGAUGGAUAAGCGCUUUACGGAUGAACAACGUAUUGAAUUGGCAGCGAAAUUGGACAAGGAGCUGGAUGAAUUCAUUGAUGGUCUGGAGAAGUCGCGCUACGCUGAAGGAUGGCCAGAGGAUCGUUGGCAGGAGGAGAUGGAGAAACAUCCGUUCUUCAUGAAACGCCUUCCGGAGGCAGGAGAGGAAGUUGAUCCGCUUGUAGAGGGCAUUCAGCAAUUGAAGUAUGAUCCACUUGAAAAUACACCCGAAGAGUUGGCCGUGAGCUACAAGGAAGAUGGGAAUUUCCACAUGAAGCACCGGAAGUACCGUAUAUCCAUCAUCAGUUACACCGAAGGACUCUCGGCUAAGUGUGACAACCGUGAAAUCAAUGCCACGCUUUACAAUAACAGGAGUGCAGCACACUUCUUCCUGCAGAACUAUCGGUCAGCGCUAGCAGACGCCCUGAAGGCGGUGGAACUGAAGCCAGACUACAAGAAGGCACUGGUGAGAGCGGCGAAGUGUGCGGAAGCGCUCCAGAGAUUCGAUGAAUGUAUUAAUUACUGCGAUCAGAUUUUAACUGAAGAGCCCAGUGACAAGGAUAUGCUGAAGAUGAGGCAGAAUUGUUGCGCGAAGAAGGCUGAAAAGGAGCGGAAAGAGAGAAAAUUGGAUGCUGAGCAGAGGAGAAAAACUAGAGAAGACAGGAAGAUUAUUACGGAGAUCCAGAAGAGGGGAAUUCGCAUUGAAGAGAUGGAGAUCAAAGCUUUCAGUGAACUCACGAUGGAGGUGCUGAAACCAAAGUAUGCGCCAAUUGAGGACUUUCCGGUUUGUCUAUCUCCUGAUGGCCAGCUUUGUUGGCCAGUGGUUUUUUGCUUCCCAGAAUACAGUGUCAGCGAUUUCCAACAGCAACUGGACGAAAGUUUUACUCUCGCGGAUUGUAUUCAAGACAUCCUGUUCGAGAACGAAGAGCGUGAUGACGAGGGAAAGUACACGAUUGACACAGUGAGCGUAUAUUAUGAGAAUAAGCUUCUAGCGAAGGCUUUCCGGGCAAAUAUGGAACUGACACUAAAGGAGAUCACGCAAUUGGAGAAUUUCCUGGUAAAUGCCGGCUGUCUCACAUUCUACAUUGUGCCAAAAGACUCAGACGAAGAACAGAAAUACUUGAGUGCAAAUAGAUCAUCGGCAAAGUAGCUGUGAAUGUGAAAUAUAAUAGCUUACUUCUUAA